AUGUACAAGAAACUGAGCCUUCGUCUUCUGUUACUUCUACUCCUACAACCACCGAGUCACAACAAGGUUCUUCAAGGAAAGCUUCUAGAGUUUGUUACUGAUGUUCUGAAGAUUGCUCUGAGCUGUAUAUCGCCGGCACCGGAGAGACCGGACAUGAAAUCAGUCUCUGAAGAGCUAUUCCACGGAAACAGCCACAUCCCAAGGAUCACAAUCAGCCACUCGUUUCUUCAUCUCAACACGAACCUCAUCAGCGACUUUAGACAGAGACUUUUGCAGAAUCUCACGCACUUUGUCUCUCUUGGAAUCUCCUGUCGAAAUCAUCUUCACCAGAUUUUGACGAUCUCUGACAUGAUCGCGACGGCUCCGUUUUGGACCGGUGGCGUAAAGGUACCGCAUCCAAGUGUAAAGAAGAUCGUUUGCUUCCGAUCGGAUUUUAGGGUUUGGGUGUUCGGUGCGAACUCUGGCCAGUCUCCCUCCGAGGGAGGAGGUGGUGAGAAAGCGUCUAAAGCGAGUGACUCGGGAGCUUCUUUCAAACGAUCAUGGCGUCGACACACCUCGCGACUUGUGGAGAAGAAUCGCUUUUAG